GUUGUUAUGUAACAGCUGAGCCUGGCUACAAGUCAGCUAUUGGAGAAUGUCAACAGUGCAAUCCUAGCUAGUCUACUGUCACUGUGUGUGUGUGUGUGUGUGUGUGUGUGUGUGUGUGUGUUUGUGCUAGUGUCUAACCAAGAGCCUGCGGAAUGUAGGGUAGAGACCACACGAUGAUGCGUGUGAUGCGACUGCUCAGAUGUUUCAUACUGCCAGUGGUUGGAACCAUGUCCCUCGGACUGCUACUCUGCAGCCUCAUCAUGUCAGCUGACCACUCACCCCACCAUCCCUCACGCCAAGUCGUACUCAAGCAGUCAGCCAAUCAAGUUCACACAUAUAUACCGCCAUCACCAAAUAUGUCAGCUGACCACUCACCCCACCAUCCCUCACGCCAAGUUGUACUCAAGCAGUCAGCCAAUCAACUUCACACAUAUAUACCGCCAUCACCAAAUAGACGAGAGAAACAUUUUCCCUUCAGAAGUGACUUCUCAUUCCCCCAGCCGCGAGUAAUGAAGCCUCUCACAGAAAUAGAUUCAAGCAAAUUUCUUCGCGACCUCAGGCAAUUCUUGCUUGGGUACAAAUUGAAGAAGCCCCUAGCAUUAAUCACUUCCAACGACAAGUAUGUGGAUGUCCUGCUAAACUGGUUAAUAUCAGCCACAGUUCGCAGUGGGUUACCAUUGGAGUCAAUUGUUGUUUUUUCACUGGACACAAAAAUACAUGCCUUGCUUACGAAACGUGGUAUACCAUCAAUACUAACUUUACCAGCAGAACUUCUUAGACAAGACUUCAACUUCAAUAAGACAUUUGAAGAAAUCAUGAUGGUUCGAUUAGCAGUGAUGAGAAUUGUGAGUCACUUUGGUUUUGAUGUUGUCAUGUACGACACUGACGCUAUCAUACUCAAAGACCCACAGCCACUAUACAACCGUCUCCAUGGUGAUGACAUUAUCGGAUCUGUGGGGAGAAUCCCCUACGACCUCCUGGCAGAGUGGGGCAUAACCAUCUGUAUCGGUGUUGUCCUUAUAAGGAGCUCUCCUGCAAUAGAAAACUACUGGAACUCUAUGAAUGACAUCUGUGUAGAAUCAGUUGAUGAUCAAACUAAACUGAACUGUGGAUUGAAAGCUCUGAACAUUCGAUGGGUCAAUAACGACACCAGUUUCUAUAACACAACUAUACAAGGAGCUACCACUGUACAAGGAGCUACCACUGUACAAGGAGCUACCACUGUACAAGGAGCUACCACUGUACAAGGAGCUACCACUAGUAGACUAGUCAAUGUUAGUAUACUGCAAUACGACCUUGUUUGCAGGAAGGACAAAUGUGCUGCAAAUAAGAGAGCAUUGUAUUAUAUAUGGCACAAAGGAGGAGACAGAUCGCGUAAGAAGAAGCUGGCUGGAGCUAGGGAUGGACAGACGUGGUUCCUCAAGCAUCAGUGGCAGUUGCUUAGGAACAAUCUGAUUGGUGUCGAGUGGUUGGAGUCAAUCUGUUAUCCAGGAGUGACCCACGGAUGAUGAUCGAGGCACCUAGCAAUAUUCAGUAAUUAAAAUAAUGUGCACGCUCCAUGCAGCUAUAAAAAAAAAUUAUAUAUAUAUUAUAGCUAGCAUUGGUUUUUGGAUAAUUCAUCAUUUAUUUUUUAUUUAUACAUGUAUAGACUCUACUUGGUAUAAUUAUUAUGACAUCA